UGAGUAAAAACAGACGUGUUUUCAAUUCUUUCCUAAAACCAUUGGAUUGAUUCAGUGGCACAACAACCGAGUGGAGAUUUAUGUAUCUUUGCACAUUUCGGUGGUCAGCGCGGACCAUUGUGUCAUUUCAAAUAGUUUACUUUCACUUUCCCGAGAGGAAGUUAGCUCAAACUAGACUGAGGCUGAAUGUGCGAUCAUGGAGGCCGGAGGUGAUGAAGAGGCUACAUAUGGCCAAAAUACUCAGCCCUCUAACACGAAUACAAGUAUUCCUGAGUACAGAGAGGAUGGAUCCAAUGGCAUGACUGUGACUCCUCUACCUGGUCCAGGGCCUCCAGAGAACAUGGACAUGGAUGAAGAUGGUUUGUUUAAACACUCCACUACUCUGACCAACAAGCAGCGUGGGAAUGAGGUUACAGUCCGGCCAGCAACAUUAGACGCUCUGUCUAUACAUCAGUUGGCAGCUCAAGGAGAGGUUUCACAAGUGGCUGCACACUUAAUCAAAGACAGUUCACUGCUCAGCAAACAGGAUGAACGGGGCUUUACACCUCUGAUGUGGGCAGCAGCGUUUGGAGAGAAAGCAAUGGUUGAUCUUCUCUUGGAAAAGGGGGCAGACCCCAAAACCAUUGCAAGGGAAAGAGAGAGUGCACUGACACUUGCAAGCUCUGGAGGAUAUGUGGACAUUGUGAAGUCUCUUCUCAGACAUGGAGUGGACAUAAACACUUACGACUGGAAUGGUGGUACUCCUCUUCUUUAUGCUGUGCGGGGGAACCACAUCAAAUGUGUAGAAGCGCUUUUAGCAAAAGGGGCAGACAUGACCAUUGAGUCGGACUCUGGGUACACUCCUAUGGCCUUAGCUGUGGCCCUUGGACACAAAAAAAUUCAGAAAGUGUUGGAGGACCAUAUUCUGAAACUCUACAAGCAGCCAACGUGACAGGACACCACUUGAAACAACAAAAAAGACACAGUUGAUCUCAGAUGCACGACUUGGCGAUCAUCUGGUUUGGCGACAAAACCCUCGUUACAGUAACAAGUCAUUCUGAGAGACCAAGACUUAUGCAGAGAUAUUUACACUGAGAAAACAAUGUUUUUUUAUUUUAAGAAUCUUAAUUCCAUUUUUUGCAUCAAGGACUAAUAUACAAAAGUUUUGCUGCAGAAUAUUUUUGUUUGACUGAAAGAAGGCAAAGAUCUGUGUAUGUCUUAAUAAAAAAUAUAGUAUAUUUUUA